AUGGCUGCGGAGAAUGCAGGGAGCACCCCCGUUCCCCGUUCCUCCUCCCGUCGCUUGUUUCCGGCUCACAGAGUGGUGCUGGCUGCAGCAUGGGCGGGCUUCGAGGCCUUGUGCACACGCUAUGGGCCUGAGGAGUGUGUUGCGUUGCCGGUGGGAGGGGUUCCAGGGAAUAAUGGUGCCAAUAUGGCUGUUGAAGGGUCGAACGGGGGGGAUAGCGUGUUAGGGAGGGAUGAUGGAGGUGAUGGAAGAUCGCCGACAGCAGCAGCAGUACCGGCAGCAGCAGCAGCAACAGCAGCAGCAGCAGCAGCAGCAGCAGUACGGGCCGCAGCAGCAGCACCCAUCUCACUUCCACCCGCUGGGUCACUACAGAGGGUGGAAGUGAGAAGAUACCGGUCUCUUCCUCAAGAGAAGAUACCUGUGGUCUCCCUGCCUCUCGUUGACCCCAAUCUCUUUCUGCUGCUCCUCCGAUUCUACUACAUGGGCCAAGUUGAGGUACCCCCCGCGCUCGUCCACCCCCUCCUCUCUCUUGCACACGAGCUAGGGGCGCAGGAAUUGCACCGGGCGUGCGAAGCAGCACUGCUGGAGCAUGGCAUGGAUCAUGAGGCGCCUGGAAUCCGUCCACAUGCAUCUGUAUCUGGAUCCAUUCCGUCCAGAUACUCUGCAUCUGCACCUGCUUACAUGGGCAGAUACUCUGUAUCCGGACAAAGUGCUGGGAGAUCCUCUGCUACAGAAGAGCCUGUAGCACUGGGCGCCUCUCCGGCUGUAGCAGCAGAGAGGGGCGGCUCUGCUGAAAAUGCUACCCCCAAUUCUACAGCUGCCAGGAGGGGGAAUCCAGCCAAGUCAGCCAAGUCAACUGGGGUUCCAAAGUCAACGCAGGUCAACGGGCUUGUGUGUCUGUGCUACCCAGUCAUCAGGAGUCAGCAGCAGGAACAAUCGGCCUUAAGAAGUGGUGAUCAAUCGGCUUCACAGGAACAGUGCUCUCAAGGGCCGUGUGGAGGGGAGCAGACGAGCAGGGGGGUGAGGCAAGGAGAUGGUGCAAGCUCAGGUGCUCGUUCUGGUGGAUAUUCAGGUGGAAACACAGAAGCAGGUGUAACCGCAAGUUCAGGUCCAGGUUCUGAUAUAGGCUCAGGUUCAAGUUCAGGUUCAGGUUCAAGUUCAGGUUCAGGUUCAGGUUCAGGUUCAGGUUCAGCAGUAGUAGCACCCGUGGAAGCAAUGGGCCUUCCGCUCCAUUUUCUGUCGUCCAAUACACCGUGCCGUCUUUCUCGAUACCUGCGAUGCGACUGCUGCGGUAGCGGUGACAUGAGCAUGUUUUCUGAGUCAAUAAAGUCAACAGAGGCAAAAGAGUUGAGAGAGUCAACAGAGGCGAGAGAGGCGAGUCUAAGAGCCUCACCUGCUAGCCAUGAUGGCGGAUACACUCACGCUCACACUCAUGAUUGCAGCAGCUACAGUGACGUGAGCGUGCGGGCGGCACAGCCUGGCAGCACUGUGUUUCGAGCACACCGAGUGGUGCUCUGUGCCUGGAGUGCGGCCUUUCACAAGAUGCUGACAAGUGGAAUGCGGGAGGCCACCUCGCACGAGAUUGUAAUCGGAGGUGCUUCUAAUGAAGCUGUCGUCGCUCUCCUGCACUUUUUCUAUUCCGGACAGCUCCCCCCUGUGCGCUCAUCACGUGCACUCUGCAAACACCUGAUACAGUCACACCCAGCACAGUCACCACCGUUGCAGUCGCCCCCAGUACAGCCACCCCAAUUACAGUCACCCCCACUACAGUCGCCACCAUUACAUGCACCCUCAUCACAGUCACAAUCUUCGACAGCAGCAGCACCUGAGAGUACUCAGGGCGUGUUGCUCUCGCUGCUGUGUCUGGCUGACCGCUUCUGCAUCCCAGCACUGUACCAUGCAGUGAACCAACGGCUGCUAGCAUGUGUUGAUGAGUCAUCAGCAUUCACCACGCUACGAGUUGCUUUGUCAGUUCCAGGGGAAGCCUGCUCGCACCUGACAGCUGUCGCCGCCUCAUUGGCCGCGGCGCAGUUUGAACGGUGCGCCAAUGCCGAUGGGGAUGGUCUGAGAAGGCUGCCUGCUCCUGCUCUCGCUGCUGUGCUGCAGUUGGAAGGGGCUGAGCCCAUGCUACAACAGGUGAAGGAUGAAGAGGGAAAAUGGGAAGAAGAGGAGGACGACAAUGAAGAUGAAGGAGGAGAGGAGGAGGAGGACGACGAAGUUUCUGGGUUGCUGCAGCACGUGCAGUUCAUGUCGCUCCCUGAUUCGCUCCUCGUCAGGCUCAGAGACAGCCUGCUUGCCACGUGGCUGCCCACCAUUCGCCGAUAUGCCAUCAAGGAAAUUGCGCGUCGCAACCCACACACCAACGCACCCAGGGAAUCGCAAGGCCAUCCCUCCUCCUCCUCCUCCUCCUCCUCCUCCUCCUCCUCCUCCUCCUCCUCCUCCUCCUCCUCCUCCUCCUCCUCCUCCUCCUCCUCCUCCUCCUCCUCUUUUGCCACAUACCGCCUCUCAGCUUCUGAGUCAUCUGAGUCACAAAGGAGCGACAGUUAUUUACACAGCCUUCCCGAGACAUUUUCCCACAGUCUCUCUGGCAAUCUCUCUCACAGUUUCUCUCCCCCAGAUUAUUAUGGGCAGGCUUCAAGUCUCUCCCUCUUGGGCCACCAACCGCAGGCCAAUUCUAUAAGGUUAGGUUCGAUUCAGUCAGAUGAUAUCCAGGUAGAUCUCGGCCGUCGGAUCGUCCGCUUCGCUUCCCCGGACCUCCCGUCCAGAGCCUGGCCGUCAGGCUCGGCUGCUGCUGUGCCGCGGGCGUGGUCCCUUGAAAGCGGUGGAGAGGGGUGCGUGGCAAGAGAGAGGGGUGCUGAGGCACACACGUAUGCAGCAAGGGAUGGGGGUGAGAUGCAUGAAAGAGGGGAUGCGGAUUUUCAGAGACCUAGAAGUGGUGGGUUGAGAUGGGUAGAUAGGGAGGUAGUAGGAAAGGGAGGGAUGGAAGGGGAUGGAGAGCGGUGGGGCGAGAUGGAAGGGGAGGGUCAGAGGGGAAAAAGAAGGGGGGAGAGUUUCAAAAUAUUUGAAAACUCGGGGGAGGAAGGAGGUGCUGAGGUGGAAGAUGGGGGAGAAGGGGGACGGUGGCGAAACAGGGAGGUUCAGGGAAGGCAAGACGGAGCAAGUGGGUGGAGGAAGAGAGCAGGGGAGAGUCUUGAGACGGCUCACAAGUUGGAAGAGAGAAGAGACUGUGAAGGGGGAGAGGGCAGAGAGGGGAGUGAGGUGGGAGAAGGGGGAGAGGGGGGAAUUGUGGUUGGGGGGUUAAUGCAAAGUGUGGAGGGAGGGGAGGAACGAGCGGAGGAGCGAGGGCUGAAGAGAACGGGUGACGAGAAUCGUGUGGAAGAGAAGACAACUGACAAGCAAAGGUCGACAGGGAGGGGGUUGACAUGUCGGGACGAAUCCAUGCUGCCUGGUCGGGUUUCUUUGGCCGCUAGUGACAGGAUGGAGGCGGGUGGAAUAACAGCGGGGGUAGCAGACACUGCAAGCCGAGAGGAGGGGAUGAAGUGUGACUAUAUCGAACGGGAAAGAGUGACUAUAUCCAGAGCAUUAGGAGGGGGGGGAGUUGGUGACUGUACAGAGAGGGAGGGAACGCUGAUGGCAGGAGUUGAAGAUGGGCGGAGGGGGAGGGAGAGGAGUGAUGCUUCCAGAGGGUUUGGCAUAUCGCGAAAGGCCGGUGGUCCUCGGUUGAGUCAGCAGCUACUCAAGCAAAAUCUUCUGGCUGCUGAACGGCUGUUGGCGGGUGUCUCGAGCGCUCCUCGUGUGCUGCAGUACAUGCACGAUGGGGAUAAGAAUGGUGUGUGCUUCCAUGCGGGUACCUCGUAUGGACGACACCCCUGGAUGAAUCCGGUGCUCCUGGGGGUGAGUGACUUUCUGCAGCAUGUAGCUUUACUUCUAUGCAUGCACAACGGGGAUAGGAACGGCGGCGUGUGUUUCCAUGCGGGUACCUCGCAUGGACGACACCCUUGGAUGAAUCCCGUGCUCCUAGGGACCCUUUCAGUGGCAGCCAGCAGCCCCCCCUCGCGCUACACCGAUGGCAAGGUCAUAGUCUCGGGAGACUAUGUGAGCUCGUCCUUUGCCGGGCCUUUUGUGGAGGGAGGCUGUUUGACGGCGUGGUGGAGCAUCGAUCUGGGGGAGAAGCACAAGGGCUCUCUGUUUUUUGCUUCUCUCAUUCGUUUCCCCUAUCUCGCAUUUCUUUUCUCCCGUCCCCCCUCGUCCCACUGCUCUCAUGUUCCUGUCUCUUUGUUUCAUUCAUUUCCCCUCCCCGCUCUCCCCACCUCCUCCCCUCCUCCGCAGCUUCUCUGCAACUUCUACACGGUUCGGCAGGACGGCAGUCCCAACUACAUGCGCUCCUGGUGCCUUGAGGUGGGUGCUGUGGUUGAGGAGGGAUUGAGAAGGGUUGAGAGGGAUUGGAAAUUGUUGAGACGUAUCUUACUGCGUGCUCAGCAGGGCGGCAGCCCCAACUACAUGCGCUCAUGGUGCCUUGAGGUAGGUGGUUGA